AUGCAGUCGACCGCACGCAUAAUGUUCAAGCUGGGAACGACGAAGACCAAGCGAUCUCCCACCGAAAGUGCGCCUGCCUCUGCGUCCAAAGUCAACACCAGAUACAUGGCUGCGGCACCUAUCCAUGACGAGCCCACUCCCACAAAGUCUGCAAAAUCCAAUUCCCUGAAGGGCCGCCUCAGCUCCAAGCUGAAGAGCAUCUCAUCCACCGCGACCAAGGUCAUAAAGCGCGCUUCGCAAAAAGUCUCGCGCGUCCUGAGUACUUCGAAAUCGGAGGGCUUUCCUUCUCGCGUUCGCCCGCAUAGAAAGCUGACACCCUAUCCCGGCCCAGCUGUUUGCGAUAGCAGUGAGAGCAGCCAGCAAGACAUCCACCGCAGCGCCUAUCAGGAAGCUGAGAAUGAUAGCUGCCGAGACACUGAGUCGUUGUUCAGCCUGGGCAGUUCUUCGGAUUACCCCAGUGUCAACUUGAUGACCCAUGGCCCACUCCCAGCACACGACCCAGGCCACAUUCCCUCCCCUUACGAACAUACCGGAACAUCCAUGGAAGUCUGUGAGUGGGCUUCAUCUCCAGCCAUCUCCACGGACAUCUACGCCAUCCGCAAGGCCACCGCUGAGGGUGACCACACCGACGACGCCAUCCGCCGAGCCUCUUGCCUCAACCGCGCCGAUCAGCACCUCUACCACAUUCCCGGUCGCCUGAACAUCCGUCUCCCCAAUGGCGCAACCGGCCAAAUGCGCCUCCCUCUCGAAUACCCACGAGGUGCCAAAGGUUUGAAGAGGCCCGACGACCGUGACUUUCCCGGCUGGCACCGCGACACCGAUGGGUAUAUGGUUCCCACUCCCCGUCUCCUUCAGGGUGUCUUCUUGCCGGAGCCGUCGCAUUUGCGGGAGGUGGAGACUGUCCAGUCUGGGGAAGAGUUUCGCUCGCUUGGUCAGAACGUCACUCUCCACAGCUUCCGCCGUAAGAGCUCUCCGGCAUCUCGCCAGUGCGGAUCAUCCACAUGGCUUGCCAGACCUACAUUACAAGCUGCUUCAGUUGCGGAAGAAGAGGACACUUUCACAGAAUCCCCUGAAGACGCCUCAUUGUUCUCCACUUUCGACGGGAGCUAUGAUGUUUGCGACACCGAUUCACCAGUGGUCAGCAACGAGUGGACGAUUCAAGACGUCGGAUUCCGCCGCUUACCUCUGACACACGCGAGGAAUCCCAUUUCGCGGUCUACUGGCCACCUGAACCUUCGCUCCAUUUCGCAAGACAUCAUUAACGAGGAGGAAGAUGAAGAGGAAGAUGGAUUGAGCCCCUUGAAAAAUUCAAUCGAGAAAGAGUCCAAAGAGGACACUCCUGAUGAAGAAGCGGUUGAAGUGCAAUUGUAUGAGAACGUAUUCGACGAGGCAGACAGCGAGCCGACUGCUGGCGCCGACUCUGAGUUCGCUAUCCCUGAGAUGCAUGAGGGAAGUAGACUCCCAUCUCCGGAGUUUGAUAGCGACAGUUGUGACUGGGAGUCGGCUAUAAUAGAGCAGGCUCAGCUUUGCUCUAUUCAACAAGUUAAGGCAAAGCUCAUCUCCCAGCCGCGUCCGCCUAACCCACACAACUAG